CUUAAGGAAGAGGAGCCGGCGGCCUGAGUGAGAUGCAGGCUGGGGAGAAUGACAGAAACUAGGGAUCCGGUCCAUAAGUUAGAGAAGGAAGCAAGGCCAGAUCCUGCGGGCGUUAAGGGGUCCGCGGACCUCUCCUCGCUCUCGCUCGCCGUUUCCAGGACCACGGAUGAACUGGAGAUCAUCGACGAGUACAUCAAGGAGAACGGCUUCGGCCUGGAGGGGGCGCCGCCGGGCCCGGGCGAGGGGCUGCCGCGCCUCGUGGCUCGCGGGGCGGCCACCCUGAGCACCGUCACCCUGGGCCCCGCGGCGCCCCCGCCCCCGGCCACGCCGUCGCCCUGGGGCUGCCCCCUGGGGCGUCCCGUGCCCCCGGCCCCGGGCCCCGGGCCGCGGCCGCACCUGGUCAUCACCGAGCAGCCCAAGCAGCGCGGCAUGCGCUUCCGCUACGAGUGCGAGGGCCGCUCAGCCGGCAGCAUCCUCGGGGAGAGCAGCACCGAGGCCAGCAAGACGCUGCCCGCCAUCGAGCUCCGGGAUUGUGGAGGGCUUCGGGAGGUGGAGGUGACCGCCUGCCUGGUGUGGAAGGACUGGCCUCACCGAGUCCACCCCCACAGCCUCGUGGGGAAAGACUGCACCGACGGCGUCUGCAGGGUGAGGCUACGGCCUCAUGUCAGCCCUCGGCACAGCUUUAACAAUCUGGGCAUCCAGUGUGUGAGGAAGAAGGAGAUUGAGGCCGCCAUCGAGCGCAAGAUUCAGCUGGGCAUCGACCCUUACAAUGCCGGCUCCCUGAAGAACCAUCAGGAGGUAGACAUGAAUGUCGUGAGGAUCUGCUUCCAGGCCUCAUACAGGGACCAGCAAGGACAGAUGCGCCGCAUGGACCCCGUGCUCUCUGAGCCUGUCUAUGACAAGAAGUCCACAAACACGUCAGAGCUGCGGAUUUGCCGAAUCAACAAGGAGAGCGGGCCGUGCACGGGUGGCGAGGAGCUCUACCUGCUGUGUGACAAGGUGCAGAAAGAGGAUAUAUCGGUGGUGUUUAGCAGGGCCUCCUGGGAAGGCCGGGCUGACUUCUCCCAGGCCGAUGUGCACCGCCAGAUUGCCAUUGUGUUCAAGACACCACCCUAUGAGGACCUGGAAAUCGUUGAGCCUGUGACCGUGAACGUCUUCCUGCAGCGGCUUACUGACGGGGUCUGCAGUGAGCCUCUGCCCUUCACGUACCUGCCUCGGGACCAUGACAGUUAUGGCGUGGACAAGAAGCGGAAACGGGGGAUACCUGACGUCCUCGGGGAGCUGAAGAGCUCCGACCCCCAUGGCAUCGAGAGCAAACGGCGGAAGAAAAAGCCAGCCUUCCUGGAUCAUUUCCUGCCCAACCCCAGCUCAGGCCCGUUCCUCCCGCCGUCAGCCCUGCUGCCGGACACAGACUUCUUCUCUGGCACCGUGUCCCUCCCCGGCCUGGAGCCCCCCGGUGGGCCGGACCUUCUGGAUGACGGCUUUGCCUAUGAUGACGCCACGGCCCCCACACUUUUCACCAUGCUGGACAUGCUGCCCCCUGCACCGCCACUCGUCAGCGCUGUCACGGGCAAUGGGGCUGCAGGGCCCGCAGUUGGAGAUCCUUCCGGCCCCGAGCCAAUGACGCUGGACUCAUACCAGGCCCCAGGCCCCGGGGACGGGGGCACGGCCAGCCUUGUGGGCAGCAACAUGUUCCCCAACCAGUACCGGGAGGUGGGCUUUGGGGGAGGCCUCCUGUCUCCGGGGCCAGAGGCUACGUAGCCCCGAGGUGCUGGAGGAGAAGCACUAGGUGGGGAGGGAGGGAGGUGGAAGGGGCCGUGCAAACCCAGCCAGGAU